GUGUGUCCAGGAAGUUCAUCAAACAUGGCGGCGGGCUACGUAAGAGCAGUGAGGACAGCGUUCAAAGGUGCAGAGCUUGUUUCCGGCCGGCGGCUCCUCACACAGAUCCCGGCAUCAUGUCAUUGUUCCCGGCUACUACACGUCUCUCCUGCCGCCUCCAUGUGCAGCUCCAGGACGGAGCAGCAGAGCCGGAGACAAGGGGAGGAAGAGGACGAAGAACCGGAGUACAUCCCGAGGAUUGCGAAGAACCCCAUGACGAAGAUCGGCUAUGCCUGGAUUAUCGGCCUCCCCACAGGCAUCCUCUGCUUCGUCCUUGCCAAGAGACAAGUGGAUAAAAACCGACUGAAGCAGCUGAAGGUUCGACAAAGGAUGAAAAUUUCAAACGAUGGAGAGUAUGAAGGCAGUCGCUACCUCUACCACAGAGAGAAGGCUGGCCUUGACCGAUAACAAUCAUGGUAGGUUGACGUGUACCUGAAAGUCACUACUGGGCAUAUAAUUCUGCACUGCUCUGAUCACAAAAGAGAUGUCGGCUGUUUGAGCUCAACUAUCAAACACCAAGAAGCUCCUCAAGACUCUGAGAACUGACUGUUUGCUCUUGCCUGUAACAAAGCCUUAAAACGGGACAUUUGUUUUUCCUUAUUCAGUGUGACCGUGUAGUUAAAUUUCCAAAAUGGUCGUCAUGUCGAUGUCCUAUAAAAACAUAAUGCUCAAAACACUUAAGGGAACGAAAAGUAAUAUAAAUGUUAGUUUUCUUUGAGAACAAAAUAAUCUAACGUCCAUCAGUAGAAACCAAAAUCAUUGACGACUGAAUUCAACAUGACACAGAAGAUCAGAGACCGAUGAUUAUGAUGCCAUGUUCCCUUAACUAUUUGGAGCUCAAAGACAUGAACAUGUGUAUUUAUUGAAACAAAUCCUUAUGAAACAUCAGUUGUUGGCACAUCUGAAAAUAAACCACAUUGUAAUCCAAAUAAAAGUAUUUUAUUUUAUAUAAAAAAAGCAGAUUGUCUUCAGCCCUAAUGUUUAUUUACAGUAACACACACACACACCACCCGUGCCAUAUUUGUUUGGAGUAAGAGGUUAUAUUUGAACUUGAGCUUUGUGUCUAUACUUGCUAUGAACAGCGGUGUGAGGAGAACCAGCAGGGUAAAGAUAAUCAUGUCAGGAGAUUAUGGACAAUGUGCCAAUUAAUCUGGAACGCACCAAUUUCCAACACUGAUUGAGUUCUCCCAGCUGCUACCGCUCAGUAAGAAAUCCAAGUCAUUACAGUAUAUAAACACAGUCUGUAAUAAUACUAUAAAAAGCUUAUAGAGUAUACACUGUAUUUGUAACAGGAAAUAUUGUGAAGGCACAACAGUAAUGUUUUUAAAUAAUUACAAUGGAGCGACACCUGUGAUUACGAACAGUUUGCGGACAGAGACAUGAGUGGAGAUCUGAGGAUGUCAUUUUUCAAAAUGACUUAAUAUCAUAAACAGGAAGUAUUUUUGGUUGUGAUUACUGUUUUAGCAGUACUUUUAUGGAGCACUGAUGGCGUUUUCAGCUGCUGUGCGUGUUCAAAUACUUCAUGCUUUGCAUUUAUGUAUGUACUAUUAAUCCCCCUUGUUCUUUUUCAACAUACAUUUAAUGAAGGCAAUUAUAAACUUAAAAUGUGCUGAUUCACUUCCUCUGUAAAAAUGACAAAUCAAAAGUUAGUUUCUUCUUCGCUUUAUGUCAGGGAUCAUGAUCAACACUACCUGAUGUUUCAGAUUUUUAAAAGCUAUUGGAGGUAAAAUGGUCAUGACACCACUGACAUGGUCCAGUAUAGACUGGAUAGUAU